UGUUUACGCUCAAGUAUGUUCUCCCCCCUUCACAGUAUUAAAGUACUCCGUGAUAUCGAUACCCAGGAAGCUCCAGAUGAUUUCUUAAACGUUAUAAAUCGGUGGACCCUCGAGUCAGUCUCUGUGGUGACUCUGGACAAGCAGUUGGGACUGCUCAAAGAGUCGGGCGAUAACGACCAGGCUGUAUUACUUUUCAAGUACCUGGACGAUUUUUUUGAAUUAACAGCCGAUCUGGAGAUGAAGCCCUCCAUCUGGCGUUACGUUAAAACACCCAAGCUAAUGAAGCUAAUGAAGUCCCUAGAUGGCGUUCAAGAAAUAACUUCAGCGUAUGUAGACGAAGCUAUAGAGCGUCUAGAGAAAGAGGCCAAGGAGGGUGUUGUCCGCCCUGAGAGCGAGCAGAGUGUACUGGAAAAGCUGCUCAAGAUCGACAAAAAGGUGGCGACGGUUAUGGCCAUGGACAUGCUAAUGGCCGGAGUGGAUACCACCUCAAGUACCUUUACAGCGGCCUUGCUGUGCCUUGCCAAGAAUCCGGAGAAGCAGGACGUCUCCGAGAAGAGAGUCACAACGGAUCUAUCCUUUGGUCAUCGGCAAUGGCCGAUUUCUCAAUCGGGACAGCGUUUUGAGCGGAUACCAAGUGCCAGCUGGUACCUGCGUGUCGAUGGUUCCCUGAGCUUGCUAUCAAGCGAGGAGCACUUCCCAAGGCUGCUGAGUUCCUGCCAGAACGUUGGAUUCGUAACGCCACAGACUCCAACGGGCAAUGCCCGGCAAAUGACUUGA